AUGUCUAAUGUGGAGGUGGUGGGUCAGAGCUACAGGAUGGAGGGACUGAAGAAAUUCACAGAGUAUUCGUUACGAGUGCUGGCGGUCAAUCGGCACGGGCCCGGCCUCUCCGAGACAGACACGCUCAUCACCACGCUCUCAGACGUGCCCAGUGCUCCACCGCAGAACAUCUCACUGGAGGUCGUCUACUCACGGAGCAUUAAGGUGAGCUGGCAGCCUCCGCCUGCAAACACGCAGAACGGAUUCAUCACCGGAUACAAGAUCCGCCAUCGCAAAACGGGCCGGCGGGGGGAACAGGAGGCCAUCGAACCCAACAACCUCUGGUACCUGUUCACCGGACUGGAGAAAGGCAGCCAGUACAGCUUCCAGGUGGCAGCCAUGACGGUCAAUGGCACGGGGCCCAGCAGCGAGUGGCACACGGCCGAGACGCCGGAGAACGACCUGGACGAGCCCAGCUCUCAUUACGUCAUCUCUCUGAAGGCCUUCAAUAACGCAGGUGAAGGAGUUCCUCUGUACGAGAGCGCCGUCACCAGAUCCAUGUCAGACCCCUCGGACCCAUCCGAUGACGAUCUGUUCCAUCUGUUUGAUAAAUUCCCUACCCCCAUCCCAGAUACGUCCACGCCCAUGAUUCCUCCUGUAGGUGUGCAGGCCGUGGCACUCAUGUCCGACUCGGUGCGCGUCAGCUGGGCCGAUAACUCCAUUCCCAAGAACCAGAAGUCCUCGGAGGUGCGCUACUACUCCGUCAAGUGGAAGACCAGCCACUCCACCAGCAGCAAAUACAAGUCGGCUGAUACUACAGCCCUCAGUCACACUGUCACGGGUCUGAAGCCCAACACCAUGUAUGAGUUCUCUGUUAUGGUGACUAAAGGACGCAAGUCCAGCACGUGGAGCAUGACGGCACAUGCCACCACUUAUGAAGCAGCACCGAGCUCAGCCCCAAAGGACCUGACUGUGAUUGGCCGAGAGGGACGUCCACGAGCCAUUCUGAUUAGCUGGCAGCCGCCGCUGGAGGCCAACGGGCGAAUCACAGGUUAUAUCCUGUACUACACGCUGGACAAGAGCAUGCCCAUCGACGACUGGGUGAUGGAGCCCAUCGGCGGAGACCGGCUCACGCACCAGGUCAUGGACCUCAACCUGGACACCGUCUACUUCUUCCGCAUCCAGGCCAAGAACGCCAAAGGAGGGGGGCCGCUGUCGGAGCCUGUGCAGUACAGGACGGCUAAAGGUCGUCAUGGAGACAGCGGUUACUGGCCUUCUGACAAUAACCCGAUUGACAUGAGCAGCCUGAACGAGCCUCCGAUCGGUCAGAUGCGGCCGCCGCAUGGCAGCGUGACGCCGCAGAAGAACAGCAACCUGCUGGUGAUCAUCGUUGUUUCUGUGGGAGCCGUGACUGUGGUGGUGGUGGUGAUCGUCGCCCUGAUCUGCACCCGCCGCUCAUCCGCACAGCAGAGGAAGAAACGUGCGACACACAGCGCUGGGAAACGAAAGGGCAGCCAGAAAGAUCUGCGACCUCCUGACCUCUGGAUCCAUCAUGAGGAGAUGGAGCUAAAGAACAUAGAGAAGCCCUCGAGCUCCGCCCCCUCCGGCCACGAGUCGCCAAUCCAGAGCUGCCAGGAGAUGGCGCCGGUCAGCCACAGCCAAUCAGAGAGCCAGAUGGGCAGCAAGAGCAGCCACUCAGGUGCAGACGGGGAUGAUGCUUCCAGCAGCAUUUCCACAUUAGAGCGAUCGCUAGCCGCCCGCCGGGCCACGCGCACCAAGAUGAUGAUUCCCAUGGACUCUCAGCCCAGCAACACACCGGUGGUCAGUGCCAUCCCGGUGCCCACGCUGGACAGCAGUCAGUAUCCGGGCAUCCUGCCGUCGCCCACCUGCGGAUUCACCACACACCCCAAAUUCACCCUGCGGCCCAUGCCUUUCUCCACUCUGAGCGUCGACCGCAGUUAUGCUGCCGCGAUGUCAGCAGAGGGCGCCGCUCCAAUGGCCCCGCAGCAGCCGCAGGCGCUGAUUCCCACGGCGCAGUCGGAGCCGUCGGGGUCGGAAGAGAUUCCCAGCCGCACCAUCCCGACCGCUUGUGUGCGGCCCACGCAUCCCCUGCGCAGCUUCACCAACCCGCUCCUGCCUCCACCCAUGAGCACCAUCGAGCCCAAGGUCUACACGCCCAUGACAGGUGGGAGUUUACCCAAACCGCAGGUGAAGACGGCCUCGCUGGGUCAGGCUGGGAAGGCCCGCUCUCCAUUACUGCCUGUUUCAGUGCCGACUGCUCCGGAGACGACUGAAGACGGACAGAAUGACCUUUCCCAAACCAGGUUAAAGUUUCUUCUGCUCUUGUGCUCCGCAGGUGUACGAGCAGGACGAUCUGAGCGAGCAGAUGGCCAGUCUGGAAGGUCUGAUGAAGCAACUCAAUGCCAUCACGGGUUCGGCUUUUUAACGCUGACGCAGAGGACUCUCUCUGACUCACCUGAAGCCCUCAAACGGGAUUAUAACGGGAAAAUGACUCCGAACCGAAUCUCCGCGCUGGAGAAGAAGCGUCUCUUUUCUAACACUGUCUGA